GGAGACGUCACGUUCAGGCUGAGACGCGGCUUCGAAACCGUUUAAAUAUCAAAACGAUACGUUUACAGGUCUUUGCGUUUGUUUUCUCAUUAGAACCGUGUACUGGAUAUUUAGCAGCAAUUGUGGACGUGUAAUCCUGAAAGCUUUCAGGAUGUUUCCAGCUGGUGGAUCAUUUCGUGGCUCCAGGGGAGCCUCUUUUGCAAAAAUCCUCAUGAAGAAUUUGCCUGCCUCACCAGGACGUGAAUUAUACCAACCUCUGUCCACCUCGGAUUCUCCUGACAAGGAUGUCUUUGACCAUCAAGGGAAAAAUACAUUUAAGCACGGUCCUGCUGCCAAGCCGACAGCUUCACCUGAAAUCCUGAUUGACAGAUACAGGAAAGGGGAGACGAACCCUGUGUCUUUGCUUCAUCAGCUUGCCCAGACUUUGCAGUUCCACCUGGAACUGAAGGAAACUGUGACCACAGGCACAUCCACAGCAGGAGCUGAGGAUUUGUCUCCAAUCAGUGUCUCUUCUCUUGUUUCCUCAGGCAACAUAACAGGGCUUUAUUUUGCCUUUUGUGUGGUGAUUGAUGGGAUCGAGUACAAGACUGGCAUGGGAAUAACAAAGAAGGAAGCUAGGCGCCAAGCUGCGGAGCUUGCUCUGCAGGAGCUGCUGCCCACCUUGGGAAGUCUGACGUCUGUCCUCCCUGACGCAUCAGAUGUUCCUCCACCACUGCCAGUGAAAGAGGAGCCCUCCAUCUCCAACAUACAUUCUCAUAGAGCCACUUGUGACACGACGAGUUCUGUCAACCUCCAUAUUCCACAUGCUGUCAGGGAUCAGCUCACCAAACUGAUGAACAGCCACCCACAGUUCUCUGCCUGUGCAGGCACCACAGCAGCAUUCAUCAUUCAGACUUCCAGCGGUUGCGAGGUGGUCGCUCUAGGCACGGGCAGCUUCAAUACCAAAGAGGACACCUCAGCGAGUGGGCGGAUUGUACAUGAUUCACAUGCAGUAGUAACUGCAAGGAGAUCACUUAUGAGGUUCCUGUACCGGCACCUGCUGCUGUUCUUCAGCAAUCACGCCAAUUUGAAGGAGAAGUCAAUCUUCCAAAAGAACAGCAGCAGCGGCCUCCUCAGCCUGAGGAGUGGCAUCACCCUGCACCUCUAUGUGAACCAACUACCAAAGGGUGCCGCUCAGAUCCCCUCCACGCUGCGCCUGAACCCGCUCUCCAUUUCAGCAUGGCAAGUCAACAAUGAGAUCAGCCUGCACCUGUCAGUGGAGGGCAAGGUGUUCUCAGUUUUCUCGUCAGCCUUUGAUCACUCUGCCUCCAAGGCGGUCAGCAUGUCCGCCACAGACAAGCUCACUCAGUGGCAGGUGCUAGGAUACCAGGGAGCCUUGCUCAGCCACUUCAUCGAGCCCGUCUAUGUCCAAAGCAUCCUCAUAGGUGACCUUGGCUGCAGUGAUAUCCGUGGCAUGAAAAUGUCUGUGAGCCAGCGUGUGGAGGGGAUCACCUCCCAGCUGCCCAUGUUCUACUGCAUGAUGAGGCCCCACAUCAGCCUGGUGCCCUCUGUGGCUGCCAACAGCACCGACAAAAGCCAGUCGACCUACUGUAUAAACUGGUGCGAAGGAGACAGCUCUCUGGAGGUUGUGGAUGGCCUGGAGGGCAAGACCAUAGAGGAAUCCCCCUUUAAGAGUGGCUCUGCUCUUGCGAGCCGUCUGUGCAAAGCCGCAAUGCUGCACCGCUUCAAGUUGGUGGCCAAAGAGGCCCAGCGGCAGGACCUGCUGGCCACAAGCUCCUACAGAGAAGCCAAGUGCUACUACAACAUGGUAAAAUCCCUCAAGUGGCCUCUUGUAGCACAGCAUUCAACAUCAAGCUCAUAUGAAAGUAGGUUGGCCGUCCCUAGUUUGUGGUGCAGAGGGUUUUUCUUUCUCUGCUUGCUCUGCGGGCAAAUGUUUGUCAUGAACUCACACUUUCUACUUUUUCAUACAUAUAUUAAGAUUAUGUGAAACAGCAACGACAUGCCUGUCUUUCUGUGGUUCACAAUUUAAUAAGGCACAGCUUACAAAAAAAAAAUAAAAAUAAAAAAAAAUGAAAAAAGCCUCACCUAGCAACAUGCAUACUGACAUACUGAAAGAAUGUUAGGCCCUUGUGCUCAGUAUAAGUUUGGUUUGUUUGUUUUUUUUUUUUGACCCAAAGUGUGAUCUCAAGUUUAUCUGCUCACAUUAUUUUUAACUGUUCUAGUACAAGUUUUAUUAAUCAGCUUUUCAAGCAAGCAAACUUAAUGUAUAUAACAGUUUUUAGAAUGUAAGUUAGAGGAAGAAAAGGAAAAGGAAAAGAGAAAGAUGGAAAUAAGAAGAAAUUAGGGAUUUCAAUUUUGUUAGUUGCUGUGGAUAGCCCAACACCUGUUAAGCAGUAAUUAAUCUGUAAUUUUUAAGAAAAAAUAAACAACACAAAAUUAUGUGAAAUGUAGGGCUACAACGAUUAGUUGACUAAUUGAUGGAUAAUCGACUAUUAGAAUAAUUUUCAUAGAAAAGUACUAUAAAAGUACCC